UAUUGGUUAGAAACUUUACACUAUAAUAAUAACACGAGACUUGCAGGUUGUGUGUUUGAAUUCUAGUAAUGAUUAUUUAUAUUUGCUUAUUUUUAAUUAAUUUCAAGUUAAAAAUUAUAAUGAAAGUAAUGUGGGAAAUCAAGGCCAACAUAGACGCAUGAGAAUUGAUAAAAUUUGAAAUGAUGAAGUCUAAUUUGGGAAAGUGUAUAUUAUAUUACUAGUUAUAUGUUCGGCCUUUGACCGAAUCUAAUAUAUUAUCGUGCAUUGUGGUGUGCAGUUGUAUUCAUGAAAGCAGUUGUAUUAAUCAUUUACAUGAAAAUAUACGUAAAGUUCAUAUAUGUAAAACAUAAACAUAGUAUCAAUUGGAGAUGUUUGGUUGUUAGUGGCAUCAUAGCCUAUCAUGGCAAGUGAUGAUAGUAUCAUCUUGGAUCGAUCAGGUUGAAUCAAAGUACGCUUGCGCUUCUUCUAAUUCAAUGUGUCACGUGCAAAAGGUUGUGUGAAUGUCUUGCCAAUUUUAAAGUAUCUGGUGUUAGUCCACUGGUUAGUUUUAUUAUGUUGUGGCGCUGGAAGGGUUCGUUGUAGGUUGGGGUUUCCUGGAUUCUAUUGUGUUGUUUUCUUCAUAUCUUCUAUAUCAUGCCAAACAAAUUUCAUGCAUUAACAUAAUUUCAUGCAUAAUUUAUGCAGCAUAAAUAAAGAUUUUUCUUUGGAUCAUUCAUUGCUUUCUUUUUCGAAGUAGUUCAGUUGUGGGGGUUUUACCCGGAAUUUCAAGUAAUUUCUAACCUGCAUAUUGGCAACUUAACAUGGAGUUUAUCCCCUUGAAAUCUAAUAGCUCAGUAGUCUGUAACAAUUUCCUCUUCUUUUGAUAUUAUUGCUAAAAUGUAGUUGUAUGUAAUUAGCCAUUACAAUGGCUUCCAUGCAUACUCUCAAGUUAUAUUUGAUGUAUCGUUCUGUACUUUAAAAAAAAAUAGUUUCUAAGGAACCCAUAUUCUAUUAGAACUUAUAUUUAUUCCCCAUCGCUAUGUUUUGCAAUCUCUUUCCAAACAUUCCAUGUAAAACAUUGUAUCAAAGAAGAAGGGAAGCACAUAGACAAUAACUUGAUCUCUUUCUCGGAGUACUUCAAUUAAUUGCUAGAAGGAAGGGUUCUGCUUCACAAUGCAGAGGGGAUCGGUCAAAACUAUCUUGUUUUAUCUGGGAUUGUGAGCGACGAAUAUGAAGCAACAAUGAAGUAGGAGAAGCGAACCCGGAAAAGAGAAGCAACAAAAUAAAAAAGGAACCCAAAAUCUCCAUGUGAUAAGAAAACAUCACGGCAAAAAGAAACCCAUCCCACAAAUUCUCAACCCACCUUUUUACCCCACUCGCUUUCUUUGUCCGCCGAAAUUCUCCGUUGUCCGCCGGAUUUUUUAGGCGCAAACUGCUCUCUCCUUCCCUCUGAAUCAACCUGCUCUCUGCUACGCUCUGUCCUUCGCCUUGCGGCCUGUCUUCUCCACCUCGAAAUUUUUUCCCUUCCCUUCUCUAUUCUUGCACGCUACCAAUGCCGCAGAAAGUUGCCAUACUCCUUGGAACUCGCCACAGAGACAAGCAUGCUUCCUCUACUUUCAUUCCUCGCAAAACCCUUUCCUUUACAACACUUCCCAUACCAGUGCGCCGGUGCAUUCUCCCCUUCCUAACCCCUCUACGUCACUUCCAACCUAGGGUUUGCCAUGCCGCGCGCCACCGCCCACCGCCGUGACCGCCGCUCCAGUCCAACACCUGCCGACCCUCCUCCCGACUCACCAGCCGCCGUCCCUUCCCGACGUCGUCACCGAACCACCAAAACAUCAGUCGUCACUGCUCCCACAUCAGCCCACCCAGAACGCUACGAUGCUCUCUUCCUCCUUGGGAAUCGAAGAACGGGGUUGGCUAAAGUACUUCUUUGCUUUGCGCGCUCCUUUCACCUUCACAAGCUUUUCCACCCAGUAAUUUUGCUCUGCUAUGGAGAGCUUCUCGGCGGAAUCCCAACUCAGUCGCCCUUUACCCUGGUCGCGAUCGUUCUCCGGAAGGGAAUCCCUCCGUUGUUGCCGCUGCCUUCUCUUCUCCCAAUCCUUCUUCCGCUACUCUCCCCACUCAUCCGCUCGACAACACUCACUCGACGGAAUGCUAUCCUCCUCCAUCCCCAAUCUUUUCUUGCCUGAAUACCAAGUAUCCAUCUCUCGCUCUCUCACGACGUUGUAUAAGAUGGCAAGGUCAAUCUUUGUGCAGGAGGAAUAAGAAGAGGAGAUGGCGAAGGAAAAAAAAACAUGGGCUUCUAGUGACGAUGGCAGAGGGAAAGAGAGGCGAUGCCAUCUGAAAAAUUACAGCGAUCGAGGCUGCCGGAGAAGGUUGAUAGACCGUUAAUUACACAUGUUUUCACCCCUGUUCUUACACCGUUUGAGAUGUGUUUUCUCGUGUUUUAGACCGAUUUCACGCUAGGUUGUGCUUGUUUGUGAUAUUUCGGGUCCUGGCAAGUGAAUGAAGGUUUAGGAGCGAGUUCGGGGUCGAUUGGGCGAAGAUCGGGCGUGAGACAAGUCACAAAGGAGGUCACACGGGCACACCCACAACUCACACGGCCGUGCAAGUGACCACUUUGGCCGUGUGAGAUUGUGCGAGAGCAAACACGGCUUGCCCUGAUGUUCACACGGCCGUGUGAAGGAGUGGGUUGGCCGUGCGGGUUUGGCCGUGCGAGUUUCGCCGAGAGCAAACACGGGCAGAUGGAAAUCUCACACGGUCGUGUGACCCUGGCCGUGUGAGAAGCCUGAAGAUCGAACUAAUUGGAACGCAGCGUUUUGACUCACACGGGCAACUGGGUAAGUCACACGGCCGUGCCACCCUGGCCGUGUGAGUCGGGAUUUUCUGCUUUUAAGCAGAUUUUCAGCCACAAGUCGGGGGGAUUCGAGUUUUAGAGAGACAGAGCGAUUCCUAGAGAGAGAAAGCGACGAACAAGAGUCUCCAAGUGCCCUAGCUUGAUCUUCAUCACCAUUGGAGGCCAGUUUGAGCUUGAAGAAGUGCCGAUCAACGUCCAGAAGCAGGAAUUCAUCCUUCACAGUAUGAAUUCCGCGUCUGAUUAUGCUUUUGCUUCUUUCUCCAUGGAGUAGUUCUCCCAUUCAUCUGGGUAUGGAGAACCCUAGAUUUGUAUGUUAGACUUUGAUUGUAUGAACCCAAGUACUGAUUCUAUGAUUUGAUUAUAUUCGAUUGAGGUUUGAAUGAUUGAAUGACUUGAAUCCUGAUCAAAUUCCUGUUGUUUCUGCUUUGACCUAGAAUGAGAAUAUCUGCCUAGGUUGAUAGAGCAUCCUUGAUUGAAGGUAGGGAGUUGGUGACUUUAGUCGAGGAGCCAACUCACUAUUCUGUACCGGAUUUACUCCGGUAGUGGAGGUUUUGUUUGUUAAGGCCUCAAUCUGUUUACUCCGGUGGAGGUUAGUCGCCCGCUAGAGACUCAGAUUGAGAGGGUCUGAAGACCUUUAGUCGAGACUUCAUGCUGUUUAAGAACCUUCCGCAGUAUAACUAUCAUAGAAACUGAACUUGGUAAUUACAAUCCGGCUUAACUGCAGUCUAGGGGGAACCAUAUCCGAGUAACCUCUCUUAACCUGAAUACAACAGUUUACUUGCU